GGAAAAUAAAAAUGAUAUCAUUUUGGUUAAUCUUUCAGACCUUUACGAAACUAAGAUUAGCGACGCACAUCGUAGUCGCUCUGUUAUUAGGGCAGGUUUAUUAUAAUUUUGGCGAUGUCGCGGAAAAAAUAGUGAGCAACAUUGCUCUCUUAUUUAUUUUGCAGGUUACUCUAUAUCUUGCAAAUUCCAUAAUGGCAGUGCUAAUAGUUCCCACGGAAGCGGCAGUAUUCCUGCAAGAACAUUUAAAUAAUUGGUACUCUUUGAAAUCCUACUACAGCGUAAAAGUAUUAACGGAUCUCCUGAUGCAAAUACUUUGCGCUUCAUCCUUUCUGUUUAUAUCAUAUUACAUGACAGGACAGCCAAUGGAAUAUAAUAGAAUUCUACAGGCGUGGGGCAUUUGCAUGUUAAUUACGCUUCUUGCACAAGCAGUCGGAAUACUUGUAGGCACAGCUGUUGACAUUGAGUUAGGUAUAUUUUUAGUUCCGGCAAUGAGUAUACCAUUAAUGCUAUUCGCUGGAUUUUAUGUAAAAUUAGAAGAAAUGCCAACGUAUCUACAGCCUAUAUGUUAUUUUAGCUUUUUCAG